AUGUGGCAGCACCCUUCGGCCAGCGGCCCCGACGCCGCGGCCACUUGCCCCGCCGCGGUCAGCAGCCCCGACGCCGCCGCUGCCAGCGGCGCGCUCCGGCUUCUCAAGAGUCGGCUCCCGCGCGCCCCGCCGCGCUCAACGACGCCGCGCACCUCGCUGCAGCUUCGGCAGGCGCCGGCGGACAUCGCCUGCCUCCGCACAUCGUUGUGCCGCUGCGCUCUCUGCACGCAGGACUACCUCUCUGAGCGGCCGGCAAAGCUCUCAGAGAUGACUGGGGACGGCGCCGCCGCAGAACGCCACGGCGGCGAGGGCGAGGGCUCGCCCCAGCCGCCGCUCCACCUGGAGGAUGGCCCCUCGCGGUUGCGGGCGAGCGGUGCGGCUGGCACGCCUGACGCCACGCCUGGCGCCGCGUCUGGCGGCGAUGCGGGCGUCGAUGCGGGCGUCGAUGCGGGCGUCAUGUCUGGCGUCAUGUCUGGCGUCAUGUCUGGCGUCAUGUCUGGCGGUGAGGCGGAGCAGGCGACGGCCUCGGCGAGCCGCACUGCGGAGGCCUCUGCGCCGGUCUCCUCCGCGGGUCCACUCAACGUGCGCGCGGCGAGGGCGGCCGCGCGGCGCGCCGCCGCGCUGGAGCGGCUGCGGGAGGUGCGGGAGGUGCUCUCCCCAGGAGGGGCGGCGGCGCAGGAUGGCGUCGGCUCCGCUACGGCAGAAGCCCCGGCUGAAGCCUCCCGCUGCGCGGAAGCCUCCCUAUGCGACGCCCCUGCCGCCUCCACCGCCGACGACCCUAAGGACGACGCCGACGCCUCCAUCGCCGACAACGACACCGCCUGCGCCGCCACCGCCGCCUCCCCUCCCGCCGCCUCCGCCACCGCUGACAUCGCCGACGCCGCCGCCGACAUCCCUGCCACCGACGCAGCCGCCCACGCCGCCGCUGCCGAUGCCGCCGCCGCCGCCGCUGCCGCCGCCGAUGAUGCCGCCACCGGUACCCCCGCCACUGACGCCCCUACCACCGACGCGGCUGCCGAUAGAGGCGCGGCCGGUCUCUGGGCGGGGCGCGGCUUGCGCGCGGCUCCCGCCCUCGACGGGUCUCGGCGGAUCUCGAUCUCGGCGGAUCUCGCCCUCGACCUGGCGGCGAUCGUGGAGCAGAGGCUGGGUGCGCACGAGGGGCCAAGGGAGGAGCAGCGCCCCCUCGCGGCUCCGCCGAGCCGACACGGCCCUGGCGCGGCGGCGCUGCUCCAGGCAGCCCAGAAGGCCGUCGACGCGAUGCUCCACGACCUCGGCGGCGCCGCCGCCGCGACCAAGGCGCCAACCGGCGGCGCCGCGGGUGGCGGAAGCGGCGCUACGGAGGGGGGGCGGGGCGGCCCCGGCGGCGGCGGCGGCGGCGAGGUGGGCUCGGAGCUAAAGGAGCACUCGAUGUUCUGCCGCCCCUCGGAGGCACAGGAGGCGGCUGCUGCAGGCGAGGCGGCUGCUGCAGGCGAGGAGGCUGCUGCAGGCGAGGAGGCGGCUGCAGGCGAGGAGGCGGCUGCAGCCGAGGAGGCGGCUGCAGGCGAAGAGGCGGCUGCAGGCGAGGAGGCGGCUGCAGGCGAGGCGGCUGCUGCAGGCGAGGCGGCGGCUGCAAAGGCGGCUGCAGGCGAGGAGGCGGCUGCAGGCGAGGAGGCGGCUGCAGGCGAGGUGGCGGCUGCAAAGGCGGCUGCAGGCGAGGAGGCGGCUGCAAAGGCUGCAGCAGGCGAGGCGGCGGCUGCAGGCGAGGAGGCGGGGCGGCGCGGGGCGACGCGGGGCGACGCGGGGUCAGCGGCCGGCACGGCGGCGCAGGCGGAGGAGGGGGAGGCGCGGGCGCUGGAGCAGGUGGCAAAUCCGGCAGGGCUCGCCCUCCGUCCGGCAUCGAGCGAGCCCGCCGCGGCGCGCGGCCCGCCGCCCGCCGCCGCGGCCAGCGCCAAGGAAGACCGCUGCACGCACGCUAGCCGCGCGCUCAGUCGGCUCUGCUUCGCCCCGCCCUCGCAAGCCCCAGCGGCGGAGGCCGCAGCGCCACGGGCGGGGCCGCGUCCGGCGCCCACGCGGAAGCUCGCGCUGUGCGGCUGGGCGCGACUCGCGUGCGUCGAGUGACGCAGUUCAUGGAGCGGAUUCGCAUGGUAGAGAGGCGUGAGGCGCUGCAGCCGGAGCGGGAGAGAGGCCUAAAUAUGCACACAGACACACUGUGGUGCACAAAAGUAAUAUAUCUUAACUUCC